ACGAUGCCUCCAUGUUCUGUCGGGACCAUCACGUGUCUCCCCCGCACCGCCAUGUCCAUUGAUGCGAUCCCCCAGACGGGAACGUGAGCCAUCGCGCCACGGCGACGCUCGCGAGCGGGCCGCCUAAAGGGAGCAGGAAGAAUUGAGGGCACGACGACCCACCGCGCGCCCGCGCUCUGCUCCGCAUGCGUUGACCCUUAGGGCGGGUGCGGAUGCCGAGAGAUCUGGACCGCGUCUUUGUUGAUGGGCGUUUCGCGCGCUUGGGACGGGCAGCUGGGGUUGGUUUGCUGUCGGGGACGGCGUGCAACAAGGGACGACAUUGUAAGUUGCCAGCGGCUGCCGCGGCAUGCAACCAGCUCAUGCACCCUCUUCCCAUACUAUACGACGUACACCCAUUUGUCUGCGGCGCGCAAAACGGAAGCCAAGUCGAGCACCGUUUCGAUCCGGACUCUCUGGCGCUGCUACAAUGGAUGGAUGGAUGGGAUCUCGUCUCGGACGGGCCAGCAGGCACGGUGCACACCGCACCACAUUCUUGUCUCUGCAAGGUCCAUAUGCCCUCGUCCCUGUUCGCGCGCAACGCCGGGCGGGCGGUGCUCAUGGCCCGUUGCACCGGCCGGGCAGAUGAGUCGCGCAAGCCAGCUGACCUCGUUACCGUAGCAUACCUUCGUAGCUCCAGGGUGAGUCUCGACCAGCUGGCAACCAAGGUGCGCAGCGAGCGGAUGAUGGCGGCGGCCCCAAUCUCCGCGUCACCAGGAGUCCGUGGAUGGAAAUGGCGCCCCUCACCCCUUUUUUUUUGCCCGAACCGCCGGGAACGGCUGCCGCUGCUUACUGCUGUUGCUGCUGGUCAUCAAUUAACAUGGUACGGAACGCGGGACACCCGCCCACGCCGCACCCCGGCAGCUCCUCCUCCGUCCCCAGCAUCAAUUGAAAGGGUGUGACUGACUGACCC